AUGGAAGAAGAUAAAAGCCAGGACCAUGAUCUACUAUCUACAACAUGGCUUCCCCCUCAGGCAUCCGAGCAUGAGGAGAAUGGUGAUGAGCUUAUGGGCGUUGAAAAUGGUGAAGAUAAUUUAAACAGCGUUGAUCCAUAUAUCGGAAUGGAGUUCUCUACUCAUGAGGAAGCUUAUAAUUUCUACAAUGCAUACGCCAGACUUAAGGGAUUUGGUGUUCGCAAGGGUCACACAGCUUGGUCGAGAAAGAAAGAUGCAAUCCUAUCUAGAAUAUUUGUAUGUGACAAAGAAGGCUUUAAAUCUUUAAAAGAUAAAAGAGAAGAUGGUCGGAAUGUAAUUCGAAAGUUCGAUACAAGAUGUGGAUGCAACGCAAGGAUGGUUAUUGGACUUGAUAGAAGCACUGAAAAAUGGGUGGUCCGAAAGUUAAACAGUAAGCAUAAUGGUCAUCCAUUAACCACCCCAACUCGGGUAAAGAAGCACUACUCACAUCGGACACUUCAUCGAGCUCAAUCGACAAAAAGGUUGAUAGAUACUCUUGACAAUCAAGGUUUACGGCCUUCUGCCAUUUGUAAGGUUGUAGACGUUGCUCAUGGCAAUGAACAAGGCUCUCUCACUCAACAAGAAUGCCAAGCACAACUUAGACUUAAACGAAGAAACAACGUCGGCCAUGAGUGCGUGAACAUAGUUCGUCAAUUUCAAGAGAAAAAGGUAUCUGAUCCUCAAUUUUACUUCGCACUUGAUUUAGAAAAUGAUGGGACGAUGAGAAGUGUUUUUUGGAUGGAUGGUAGGUCGAGGACUUCUUACUUGCAAUUUGGAGAUGUUGUUUGCUUUGAUGUUACAUAUAGAACGAACAAUUUAAAAUUGCCGUUUGCACCAUUUACGGGCGUUAACCAUCAUCGACAGUCUACUCUAUUUGGGUGUGCGUUACUGGCCGAUGAAACGGAGGAGACGUUUAUAUGGUUAUUUAGCCAAUGGUUAAAAUGUAUGUCGGGUAUAGCACCAGUAACAAUCAUCACUGAUCAAGAUAAAGCUAUGUGUGGUGCUAUUCACAAAGUUUUUCCUAAAACUCGCCAUCGCUUUUGUUCUUGGCACCUUCGUAGGAAUGCCUUACAAAAUCUUCAAUCAAUGCAUAAUGAUUAUGGUGAGGAUGUUGGUGUAAAGUAUAACAAAUGGUAUUGGAGUAAAUCGGAAGAAAAAUUUGAAAAGCGUUGGGAAGAAAUGAGGGACAAAUAUGGUGCAGAUAAAAGGAGUUGGUUAGUAAAUUUAUACAAUCAUCGAGAUCAUUGGGCUCCAGUGUAUCUUAAAGACACUUUUACUGCAGGAAUGACAUCUACUCAGCGGAGUGAGGGAAUUAAUGCUUUUUUUGAUCAUUUUGUGAAUGUAAAUACCGAGUUACAUGAUUUUGUUAAGCAGUAUGAUAAUGCUGUCAGAGCUCGCCGAGCCGCUGAACUUGAGCAAGAUUUUAAGUCCACAAACUCAGUUCCUACAUUGAUAAUUGAACAUCCCAUUGAAAAACAAGCUCGGGAGAAUUAUACGAAGAAUCUGUUUACUAUCUUUCAGAAAGAACUCAAGGAUAGUUACUCCAUGCUUCAUGAAAAGUUGUCGAAGGACGGCGCAAGUGCUACUUAUGCCGUUUGGAAUAUAGAUAGCGAGGCUGAAAGCAAGAAGAUAGUAAAGCAUCAUGUUGUUUUCGAUACAUCCAAAGAAAAAAGAAUUAAGUGCUCUUGUGCGAGAUUUGAGAUGGAAGGAGUAGAUGUAACAAGGCACUAG